AUGCAAAUACCUAAAAGUUUCUUGAAUCAAUGGCAAUUUCCCAAUUGCGUCGGAGCCAUAGAUGGCAAACAUAUUUCUAUACAGUGCCCUCCAAAAACUGGCUCUCAAUUUUACAGCUCUUAUAAAAAAAGAUUUUCUAUAAUUCUCAUGGCUGCAUGUGAUGCUAAAUAUCGCUUUACAUGGAUGGAUGUUGGUGAUUACGGAUCUCAAAAUGAUGGAGGUGUGUGGGCAAAUACUACUUUCGGUCAGGCUAUAGAUGUAGAUGAAAUUGAUUUCCCUUUUCCAAAGGAGCUUCCUGGCAGUGACGUUAUCCUUCCCUUUACUUUUGUCGCCGAUGAAGCAUUCCCACUUGGCAUCCAUAUGAUGCGUCCAUAUGCCAGAACAUACAGAAAUUUUGGAGAUGCAGAAAGAAUUUUUAAUUACAGACUCAGUCGUGCUAGACGUGUCAUUGAAAAUGCGUUUGAGAUUAUGUCAUCGAGGUGGCGUAUCUUGAGAAGAGAUUUGUGCUGUACACCAGAAACAGCAGAACAUAUUGUAAAAGCAAUUGUAUGUCAUCAUAAUUUUCUGAUGAUAUCUGAACAGAAUUUAGCACCAUUGAAGAGAAUCUACUGCCCUGCAUCUAUGUUGGAUAGGGAAGGAAUAGAUGGAAAUGUUAUUCAAGGUAACUGA